CUCGCCUUCACGCAGCAAUGUGGGGAAGGAGUACAAGACUCCAAGCAAGAGCAGCAUGAGCAGCAAGAAGCCCAAGCAACAGAUGGAUCGCUUCAUUCCUUCUCGGAGCGCUUUGGACCUGGACGUUGCGAGCUUCAACUUGCUGAAAGAGAACAGUGCCGCUGGAACAUCCUCACCCACAAAGCCGGAAUAUGCCAAGCUUCUGGCGGAGGGAUUUGGGACAGAGGCAUCCCGCUCACGCAUCCUAGCCUUCAAAAAUAAGGCCCCAGCUCCGCCGGAGGGACACCAGAAUCGCCUGGCAUCCCUGUACACACAGAAUGCGGGCCCCCGACCAGUGAAGAAGACCUUCCGGAACAUCCCGCAGGCGCCAGAGCGCAUUCUGGAUGCUCCCGACCUGCUGGAUGACUACUACCUCAACCUGCUGGACUGGAGCAGCAACAACGUGGUGGCUGUUGCACUGCGGAAAGAGGUAUACCUCUGGAAUGCUGCGACCGGCUCCAUCGAGCAGCUAAUGGAGUGUGCGGAGGAGGAUGACUACGUGACGAGCGUGGCGUGGGCGGCUGACGGCAAGCACGUGGCGGUUGGCACAGCGAGCGCGCAGGUGCAGAUCUGGGACGCGGCGCGCGUGAAGCAGAUCCGCGCACUCAAAGGCCACUCCGCGCGCGUCUCCGCCAUGGCCUGGUCCGGCACCACCCUCUCCACCGGCGGCCGCGACUCCCUCAUCAUCAACCACGAUGUCAGGGUGCGGGAGCACAUAACGGCAACGAUGCGGGGCCACGAGCAGGAGGUGUGCGGGCUGAAGUGGUCGCCCAGCGGCGCGCAGCUGGCCAGCGGCGGCAACGACAACCUGCUGCACGUGUGGGGCGCGGGAGGGGGCGCACCCCUGCACCGCCUGACCGCGCACACCGCCGCCGUCAAGGCGCUGGCCUGGUGCCCCUUCCAGUCCAACCUGCUGGCCUCCGGCGGCGGCACGGCCGACCGCUGCAUCAAGUUCUGGAACACCCACACCGGCGCCCUGCUCAACUCCAUCGAUACCCACUCCCAGGUCUGCGCGCUGCAGUGGAGCCGGCAUGAGAAGGAGAUCCUGAGCAGCCACGGGUUCAGCCAGAACCAGCUCUGCCUCUGGAAGUACCCCUCCAUGGCCAAGGUGGCGGAGAUGUCGGGCCACACGUCGCGCGUGCUGCACCUGGCACAGUCCCCAGACGGCACCACGGUGUGCUCCGCUGCUGCCGACGAGACGCUGCGCUUCUGGAAAUGCUUUGCAGAGGCGCCCCCCGCUCCGAAGGCCAAAAGCGCGCUGGGGAGCAGCAGCAGCAGCAUGCUGCGCAGUGUUGCCAUCAGGUAGAGGAGGAGCGUCCGCAGAUGCGCACUGGAGUUAGGAUAGGAGUUUGCAUGUGAGCUGUGUACUUGUUUUCAAGACUGUUGUGUUGUGCAUGCCUUGUGUUGCUGUGUGUCUGAG